UGAGCUGUAAUCCGCCACAGUGCUGUGGGUCGCUGGUGGGGUUGGAGGGGGCUGAUGUUGAGCUCUCUCUGAUACCGGGGUUCAUAUUUCAGGAUGCUGUUAAAUGAGCGAGUUUAUUUGUGGAUAACUGGAUAAUUGGAGAGGAUGUGUAUCGGUUAGAUAGAGAACCGUGUCUCUAGAGGAAGCUAGAGGAGCUAAGCUAACGUUAGUCAGUCAGUUAGUUAGUGGUCAGGAUGAGCUCUUUUCCUGGUCGGAUGAAAGAGUAUUCCACCAUCUCCAUUGAUCGAUUUGAUAAGGAAAAUCUCCAUGCCAGGGCUUACUUCCUCUCUCACUGCCAUAAAGAUCAUAUGAAAGGACUAAAAGGACCUUUGCUGAAAAGGAAACUAAAGUUUUGUUUAACGGUGAAGUUGUACUGCUCGUUCGUCACAAAGGAGCUAUUGCUGAGUAAUCGAAAGUACAGCUUCUGGGAAGACCACAUUGUUGCCUUAGAGUUGGAUAGUCCAACGCACAUCUCACUGAUAGAUGAAGUCACAGGGGAGUCAGAAGAUGUGGUUGUCACUUUACUUCCAGCUGGACACUGCCCUGGAUCAGUUAUGUUUCUCUUUGAGGGAGCUCAGGGCACAGUGCUGUACACUGGAGACUUCCGUCUUGGGAUUGGAGAUGCAGCAAGGAUGGAGCACCUGCACUCUGGAGACAGAGUAAAAGAUAUUCAGAGCGUCUAUUUGGACAGUACAUUCUACGACCCCAAGUUCUAUCAGAUCCCCAGCAGGGAGGCUUGCUUGAUUGGCAUAAGGGAGCUAAUUCAAGACUGGAUUAGUCUGAGCCCGUACCACGUAGUUUGGUUGAACUGCAAAGCAGCAUAUGGCUAUGAAUACCUCUUCACCAACCUGGGAGAAGAAUUCUCCUCACAGGUCCAUGUGAACAGUCUGGACACCUACAAGAAAAUGCCAGAGAUUCUGUGUCAUGUGACCACCAAUAGAGCCACACAGAUCCAUGCCUGCAGGCACCCCAAGGAUGAGGAGCUCUUCAGAACAAACAGGCUGCCCUGUGGCUGCACAGCUCCGGAUGGCACACCGUUACGCAUUGUCAGCAUUAAGCCAUCCACUAUGUGGUUUGGUGAACGGACCAGAAAGACUAAGGUCAUUGUCAGGAUGGGUGGAAGUUCGUAUAGGGCUUGUUUUUCUUUCCAUUCAUCGUACUCAGAGAUCAAAGACUUUCUCUCCUACACCCGUCCUGUGAAUAUUUACCCUAAUGUGGUUCCACUGGGGCGAUCUGUGGAGGAGGUCACUGAGCUGUUAAGGCCCAUGUGCAGAAAGAAUUCUGGAAGGAAUGAGGUGAUCUAUAAGCCGCUUGGAGCGCUGAAACGAGGCAGAAGAGAGUGCAGAACAGACGGCUCAGACAGUGAAGAUGAGCUGUUUGGGAACAGUGCUGUGGCACCUUGGAGAAAAAAGCUGGCAGUGAACAAGGUCAUAGUGCAUCACAUUCCAGAAAAAAGGGAUCCUGAAGAAAACGGAGUGAUAACUCUUUCAGAGGUGGGGCACAUAGUGCAGUCAGCUAACUAUAUGGAUUGCACAGAGUCCAAUGAUGAUGAAGAUGAUGAUGAGGAAGAAGAGGAGUGUUUAAAUUCCAAAUCUGGAGAUGCCCCACUUUCUUCUCCACCAUUAUUGCAGACACACAGGCCUAAAUCAGAAAUGGCCCCGCCUCAUUCUGGCUCAGACCCGCCUCCUGCACCCUGCUGGGAUACGUUUUUCAAAGCAGAGCCGGUUCUGACGGAUGACAGCUGUGAACUGGACAACAGUCAGAACAGCCAGACACAAUCUACCUAUCGCACAACUUCACAAUCCCCCGAACUCUUCGAUGAUGGUGACGAUGAGUCAGAGUCUGUAAACAUGGCAUCAUCUCAGUCCACCCAUAUAUCAGAUGAAGGUACGGAAAAUCCCAGCCAGCUCGACACAGUAGUUUUCAAACCAGAGACAGACAAACAGACGAACCACAACCUGGAAAAUGGUUCUCUUAUACCAAUGGUUAAGCUGGAACCAUCAGUCAGUGAGGCUCAUGAGGACCAAUCCCAAAGAAUGGACUCAACGGAACCAAUGACAGACUCGCAGGUAUCAUCUGAUUUUGACCUGCCGCAGACUCCAGGCUCUAAAGCCCCGCAUCCCGACGAACUGAAGGAGCUGUACAAGAAGAUGGCAGCUGGAGAGGAGGUCAUCACACGAGGAGGUCAACAGGGCUGGGUCUAAGAGGGGUUUAAGCCUGAAAUUCUGAAGUUUUCACAUCUGGAAUAGGAGUUAUCUGCAUUUCAUUUAAGUGACUGCAUUUACUUAGUUAAACAUUCAGAAGAAAUCAGACAUUAUUGUUGUGUCAUUGUUGGCAUUGCAAGCGAGUUGGGAACAAUGCAUUACGCAGUAUUUUGUCACUUCAAACAACAUGAAAACAUUUCUGCAAAUAGAAGUUAGACAGUAUGGUAUGUGUGGCUUAUUUAGAGACACAAAUAGAUAGAAGUGAUGAUAAACUGUAUAAUACUACUGAUUUCAUCACUGUUGAUGUGGGGAGGGGGGCUGACCUGUAGGAGCGUUCCUACAUGGAAACUAGGGAGUUAUAGAGCAUUAGUAUUACUAUCAUACCAAAAUGUAGUCAAUCUACUGUUUAAACUGUGGGUUUAAAAGCAUAUACAGCUCUAGAAAAAAGGAGUUUAGAAAUCAAUAUUUGGUGGAAUAACCCUGGUUUUAAUCACAGUUUUCAUGCUUCUUUGCAUGUUCUCCUCCACCAGUCUUACAAAUUGCUUUUGGAUAACUUUAUGCCUGCACUCCUGGUGCAAAAAUUCAAGCAGUUCAGUUUGGUUUAAUGGCUUGUGAUCAUCCAUCUUUCUUUUUAUUAUAUUCCAGAGGUUUUCAAUUUUGUAAAAUUAAAGAAACUCCUCAUUUUUAAGUGGUCUUUUAUUUUUUUCCAGAGCUGUAGUUCUAUGAUUUUUGUCCUACUAAACAUCAGCAUUUCCAAACCAGUGUGUUCAAUCUUAUUUAAUAAGGGCACAUGUAAUCUGACUGAAAGACUUUACUGACUGAUUAAAUAAGUGUAAUCAGGUGUGCUGCUGGCUCUUUAUGCAGUUAGGAACCAAUGCAAUGGUAUCGAUGAUCACAUUCCUGUUCAGCUCAGAGCAUAAUACGCUUGUAAUAAUAAAUAUUUCAGUGUAAUUAAUGCUAUGCAUUUAAAUAUAUUGCUCCUUGUACUUGAGCUAAUUAUGAGCUGUUAAUGCUUUCCGGGGGCUCCUUCCACAAUCAAUCCUGCUGAUGAUUUAUCCUUCCUUAGACGACUUUUGCUUUACUGAAAACCUCUUGAAAAAGAUAACACAUGUAAUAAUUUUGAUAUAAAGUUUUUAAUGCAGAUUUUGUACAUUCAAAUAAACUCAGGAUAUGCUAAACUG